AGGCUCAAAAAGUUGUGCUGUGUCCUUUUCUCCAUCUAGACUUCCCUCACCUUCACUCUCAGAACACUUUUCUCUAAAACUGUGCAACUGAAACCAUCAAUGGCCACUCUUAUUCUGGUCCUUCAGCUUCUGAUUCUUGUUAUUCCCCCAUCUCUGCCACAAAACCUGCACCCAAGCGACCUCACAGCCCUCCUCUCCAUCAAGGCCACUCUUACCGACCUCUCUCCCACCAAUCCUUUUUUCUCCACCUGGAACCUCACCGCCCCCGAUCCUUGCUCUUCCUUCGCCGGCCUCACCUGCACCCUCCACCGCGUCACCGCCCUCUCCCUCGGCGGACCCUCCUUCCCCCUCGCCGGCACCCUCCCAGCCUCCCUCUCCCUCCUCACCAACUUGACUCAGCUCCUCCUCUCUCCCGGUCUCGUCACCGGCCCCAUCCCCCUACAGCUCGCCCAACUCACCAACCUCCGCGUCCUCUCCCUCCCCUCCAACCGCCUCACCGGCCCUAUCCCCACUGCACUCUCCGCCCUACGCCACCUCCACACCCUCGACCUCAGCUGCAACCAACUCUCCGGCUCAGUCCCCCCGACUCUCACUGACUUGCCCCAACUCAAAAUCCUCAUCCUCGCCUCCAACUCUCUAUCCGGCACGUUACCCAAAACCGUUAACUCCCCGUUACUCCACCUCGACCUAAAAGACAACAAAAUCAGGGGACCGUUACCGUCGUCUCUUCCGUCAUCUCUCCGUUAUCUGUCGCUCUCACAGAACCUCAUGUGGGGCCCUCUCCCCAACGGCCUUCAAUUGCUUUCCGAACUGGCUUUCCUCGAUCUCAGUAUGAACCGUUUCGCCGGGCCCAUGCCGGCCCAGUUGUUCUCCCUCCCCGCUCUCUCGAAUAUUUUCUUACAACGGAAUAAUCUCUCUGGUGGGCUUGGGUCCGGGCUCAGAACCGGACCUGUACCCGGAUCCAUAGUCGAUCUGAGUCAUAAUUCUCUUAGUGGAGAGCUUUCGAGUGUGCUGGAGGGAGUGGAGAGUUUGUUUCUGAACAAUAACCGUUUUGCGGGGGAGGUUCCGGAGGCGUACGUGAAGAGCGUGUGGCGCGGCAGCACCAGAUUGCUGUACCUACAGCAUAACUACCUCACGGGGAUUCCGCUGCAGGAGGGAGUGGUGCUGCCCGAUGCGGCGUCGUUGUGCGUGUCCUACAAUUGCAUGGUGCCGCCCCCUGCGGUCGUCAUGACGUGUCCGGCAAGCGCCGGUGGAGUGGUGACGAGGCCGGCGGCGCAGUGUUCGUUGUUUGGUAACACCCGAGGUUGAUGGAUAAACGGUGCUUAAUUAUUUAUUUGGAUUGAUCAUGAUGUAAUGUUACUGUGUGUGCAACUGCAACCGCGUCUCAUUCACUGCUAUUCAAUGCUUGUUCUUUUCUUUUUGGAUUUUGAUUCAUAAUAGCCAAGCUCAAAUGCCAUACUUUUUUUUUUCUUUUCUUCAUUUUGUC